ACUUGUAGAAGCUCUCUUUCUGCCAGAGUUUCCUGUAAGAGGGACAGUUAGAAGAACAGAAAUAUCAGUGGCCCAGUUUUACAUGUUGGAUCCCAGUCUGCGGUGAGUGCUGCCUGUCCAGCUGUACUAUUCCAUAAAUCUGCACUAACGGCCUUUCAGGUCUAUAAGGCCCACUGUUAAGAUGAGGUAAAAGAACAAAUUGCUCAGGGGGCUUUUGGCUCAGUUCUUCUGGUCCAGCAGAAAGAUUCAGAACAGGUUUAUGCCAUGAAGGUUCUUUCUAAAGCUCAGGUGAUUAUGCAAAAUGCAGUCCAGCAAUGUAAAGAUGAAGUUACCAUUCAGUGUGUUUUAGGACAUCACCCUUUUAUUGUAAAGUGCAAACAUCAUUGGCAAAACAAGAAGAAAUUAUUUAUUGUGACAGAGUAUAUACCUCACGGAGAAUUGCUGAAAGUUUGGAAAACUUACGGAAAGUUUAACGAAGAGCUAGUCCAGUUCUACGUAGCUGAAUUAGCCCUUACAAUAGAUUUCCUUCAUAAUGCUGGAGUUAUAUACAGAGAUUUAAAGAUGGAGAACAUACUUCUCGAUGAAGAAGGCCAUGUUCAGCUGAUUGAUUUUGGACUAGCUAAAUGGUUGGCUUAUGGUGAACGAGCCAACACCAUCUGUGGUACCAUUCAGUAUAUGGCACCCGAAAUUCUAAAGAUGGAAUCGUACACUAAAGCAGUAGAUUGGUGGUCUCUUGGCAUUAUUAUGUAUGCCUUGCUAACAGGACAGUAUCCCGUCGAAUCAGUUCAUGACCACAGCAAGAUGCAGAAGCUUGUAGAAACUACCAGCUAUACACUCCCAGAGGAUUACAGUGAUGGAGCCAGACAUGUUGUCCGACAGUUAUUGUGCAAACUUCCACAGAGACGUCUGCAGAGCUUGCAUGCCUUGAAGUCUCAACCUUUCUUCCGUAAUGUAAAAUUUGAUGAAGUUUUGGAGAAAAAGGUCUCUCUAAAAGAACUUUUCGAAAAGAGUUUAAAAGAACAAAAGAUACUUUCAGCUUUUAGCGCUCAUUCAAAUGACAGUGAACUUGCAGUACUGGAAGAAAUGUUUGAAGAUUUUCCUCACAUGAAUGGUGAAGAAGUGACAUAGAAGGUUUUUUUUUUUUAUUGAGAAACGUGCAUUUAUUCCAGUUUCAACACGUCCACUAUACAGAAUUCUUCCUGCCAACUACAUUCUGAUCAUCAAGUGUUUUGUAAGUUCUAGUCAGUUUCUUGAUAAUAAGCUCAACAAUAAUAUCAAGAAUACAUUCUGAAACUCGUUUUUACAUUUAUACCUAAAGUGUUUUUUUAGGUUUAGACAGCUAUGCUGAGAGGCAUGCUUAAUCAACUGAAAUCUUUGAUCAUUUUUUUAUAUUAAUUGUCUCUGGAGGUUUCAUUUGAAAUAUACCUUCUGUUAUAAUAAAACAUUUUAUUUUUGCAUUAUAACAAAGGUCAACUUACGGAUAUAAAGAAAACCUUGACCAGUCAGUCAUCCAGGUUAUUUUUUAGUCUGUGUAUUAAGUUUUCACUGUAGCACAUAGCUGCUAUGAUAAGUGUUUGUUAUAUGUUACAAAGAUUGUUUCUGAUGUUUUGUUUUGGUUAUUGCAUGAAAGCAUAAGUUUUUUUCACUAAGAUUAUUAAUUCAAGAAAUAUUUCCCGGCAUUAAAUUAUCCCCCUUUUUAAUCUUUUUUAAGCAUUUCAUUAUUUUUUUGCACUUCUUUCUAGUUAAAAUAUUUUUGUAUAUAAUUUACUGAAUGUUUAUGGGCCUGUAAACAGUAAUACAUAAAAUAAUCAGGGAAGUUGUCGGCUUGAACUGUUGCACCAAAAUUUAAUAGGGAUUCUUUAACGAUAGUAAGAAAUUUAUUGUUCAGAAUUAUGCGACUUUCAUAGAUAAUUUCUACAACAAAAUGUUAACAUGAUAAAUUUUCUCAAGUAUAUUAUUGCAGUGUUCAUAUAUAAAUUUAACUGUUUAUUUGAGAGAAUUGGAAAUUUUAUGUUGCAACAGCAGCAAUGUAUAUUUGUCUUCUUAUAAGGUUGAAACUUUGUAUUUGUAUAUAACGUUCAUCGACAAUACUAACGGGUAUGUUUUUGUUAUUUUUCUCCUUCUUUAUUUCUAAUGUUAGUUUUGAGCCAGUUGUAAAAAAUAGUUUCAUUGUUUACGUAUCAUUAUUUCUAGUAUAUUUCCACUUGUUAUUUGAUUCUUUGUGACUUUCUGACAAAUUUUGUACUAAUCCAGAAGUGCCCCUACAUUUUUGUCUCUGCUCUCCUUCACAUCCUAAUUAAUUCCGUACAAACAAACGAAGAAAUUAUUGUGUAUCACCUGGAUUCAAGUGCUACAUUUCUAUCUCUGCUCUCCUUCAC